AUGCAUGGGGCAUCACCUGGGAUGCUUGGGGCAUCACCUGGGAUGCAUGGAGCAUCAUCUGGGAUGCUUGGGGCAUCACCUGGGAUUCUUGGGGCAUCACCUGGGAUGCUUGGGGCAUCUCCUGGGAUGCUUGGGGCAUCUCCUGGGAUGCUUGAGGCAUCAUCUGGGAUGCUUGGGGCAUCACCUGGGAUGCUUGGGGCAUCACAUGGGAUGCUUGGGGCAUCUCCUAAGAUGCUUGGGGCAUCUCCUGGGAUGUUUGAGGCAUCAUCUGGGAUGCUUGGGGCAUCUCUUAAGAUGCUUGGGGCAUCAUCUGGGAAUCUCAGGUGAUGCCCCACGCAUCCCAGGAGAUGCCCCAAGCAUCCCAGGUGAUGCCCCAAACAUCCCAGGUGAUGCCCCAAGCUUCCCAGGUGAUGCCCCAAGCAACCCAGGUGACGCCCCACGCAUCCCAGGAGAUGCCCCAAGCAUCUUAGGAGAUGCCCCAAGCAUCCCAGGUGAUGCCCCAAGCAUCCCAGGUGAUGCCCCAAGCAUCACAGGUGAUGCCCCAAACAUCCCAGGUG